AACUAGAAUUAGUUCCUCAAACUUGUGGAUUAGCUUGAAGUCACAGGGUGUAGUUCAGAGCAGUCCUGUGCAUUGUACAGAUAUCCAUAUAUGUAUAUAUGUUUAUUUUAUUUUCGGAACGUUUGAGUUAGAGAGGUGUGCAGAAGUCAUUUCAUUUUGGGGGACCCGCGGACUAGAGGCUUCAUCCCUUGUUCAGGCUGAGGCUUUCGGCUGGUAUCGUGGCCAGAGUACAAAGAUUCUGAAAACCAAAGGCGAAGCAGCAGCACUGGCUUACUAAAGGCAUAUUGUGGCAGCAGCGCAGGAGGGCGAGCCAGGCCCAUCAGCACAGGGAGCACCACCGCUGCAGCUGGACAAACUAUGGGAUGUCUGAAAUCAAAGCCAAAAGAAGGCCCUGAUGAAGAUGGAAUUCACUUGAAGAAUCAACCAGUACGUACAACUGAAAGAACUAUAUAUGUGAGGGAUCCAACGUCCAAAACACUGCAAAUGCCAAUUGCUGACUACAAACACGAACAACUUCUUCCUGGUCAGAGGUUCCAAACUAAUGAAGAUACAUCAGAUGGUGGGAAAGUUUAUGUAGCCUUGUAUCAGUAUGAUGCCAUCCAUCAAGACGACCUCGGCUUCAAGAAAGGAGAAAAACUUGUGAUUCUUGAGACGCAAGGAGAAUGGUGGAAAGCUAGAUCACUGACUACAAAGAAGGAAGGUUAUAUUCCCAGCAAUUAUGUUGCCAAAGCAAAUUCAAUAGAAACAGAAGAUUGGUUUUUCAAGGAUAUAUCCAGGAAGGAUGCAGAAAGACAACUCUUGGCUCCUGGAAACAGUCCUGGGUCAUUCCUCAUCAGAGAAAGUGAAACCUCUAAAGGCAGCUACUCACUUUCUGUAAGAGAUCAUGACCCCCAGCAAUCAGAUGUUAUCAAACACUACAAAAUCAGGUGUCUGGACAACGGUGGUGUUUAUAUUUCCCCAAGAAUUACAUUCUCUGACAUUUGUGAUAUGAUCAAACAUUACCAAAAACAAGCAGAUGGUUUAUGCCGAAAGCUUGAUAAGCCAUGCCUUACUCAAAAACCACAGAAACCAUGGGAUAAAGAUGCAUGGGAAAUUCCAAGAGAAUCUAUAAAGUUAGUAAAAAAGCUUGGAGCUGGUCAGUUUGGAGAAGUUUGGAUGGGUUUCUACAAAAAUACUACCAAAAUAGCUGUGAAAACCUUGAAGCCCGGUACCAUGUCUGUCCAGGCUUUCUUAGAAGAAGCCAAUCUCAUGAAGACACUUCAGCAUGAUAGGCUAGUUAGGCUAUAUGCUGUGGUCACCAAAAAUGAACCUAUUUAUAUCAUAACAGAAUUCAUGGCCAACGGUAGUUUAUUAGAUUAUUUAAAGACCCCUGAAGGAAACAAGCUACAGCUCCCAAAACAUAUUGAUUUUGCAGCUCAGAUCGCUGAAGGGAUGGCAUAUAUUGAACGAAAGAACUACAUUCAUCGAGAUCUUAGAGCAGCUAAUAUCUUGGUAUCGGAGUCUUUGAUGUGCAAAAUUGCAGACUUUGGUUUAGCUAGGAUAAUAGAAGACAAUGAGUACACAGCUAGAGAAGGUGCUAAAUUUCCAAUUAAAUGGACAGCUCCAGAGGCCAUAAACUAUGGAUCCUUUACCAUUAAAUCUGAUGUCUGGUCUUUUGGAAUUCUUAUAUAUGAAAUUGUGACUUUUGGAAGAAUCCCUUAUCCAGGCAUGAGUAAUUCUGAUGUGAUGGCGGCUCUCCAACGUGGUUAUCGGAUGCCAUGUGUUGAAAAUUGCCCAGAUGAGCUGUACCAGGUAAUGUGCACCUGUUGGAAAGAUAAAGCUGAAGACAGGCCAACAUUUGAACACUUGCAAGGUUUUCUGGAGGACUUUUUCACAGCAACAGAGGCUCAGUAUCAGCAACAGCCAUAAAACUGCAAAUUAUCUCCUUAAAUACAGCUUUGUGUUUCAAAGAUUUCUAUCACCUCAGCAGCACGUUGCAAGUAUUGACAAAAUGCAGACACCUUUUCUACAUGCUGUGGUGCCUCAUAACAGUGUAUCUUAGAUAGCACAUUCAGGACACAAGUACUUCACUUGUUCACUAUCUCUGUAAAUGUUUGUAUUAUAAGAAGUCACUCUACAAUUAUUUUAUGUAUUUGUUAAUUUUUUGCCAAAGAUGAAUUGUUUAUCUUGCUAUAU